AUGCGCAUCUCGUUCGAGCUGCGCGGGCAGAAGGCGAAGCGCGCCUCGUGCAAGCGGCCGCCGGGCGCGCCAAUGCAGCUGCAAGCGCCCAUCACCAUUCCCAAGCGCGUCGUCAAGCGCCAUUGGCGGCAGAUCGUCGACGCGGUGGCCAUGGCCAGCGUCGCGCGAGCGUGCUCCAGCAGCGUGCAGCCGCCACAGUGCGAGUCUCUGGUCCGCGCGUUGGCCAAUCCCACACUUGCCGUAACACACCAUGGGCUCCCGCUUCACGCGCUACCGGACUUGAAGAGCUCGUGCGUCGUGUUCUUGUUUCGUGAGGGCUUUCUUUGCCGCGGCGUCGCACGCGCCGAGGCGGUCGAUGGCUACGCGCAAGCCUACGACGAUGCUUCGAGCGCGUUUUUGCUGGCGCUCGACAGCGGCGUCAUUCCGGCCGGCCUCACGACCUUGAUGCCAUGCAUCUUCUACGACAAUUGCAUCCUCGUCGACAUCUGGGACUACCGCGGUGACGAAUCAAUUUCAGUCCCGACGACGUCAGCCGAGCUCCCACGCGAGGCGCCAAGCAGCAGAGUAGUACGCACGCGUCGACUGGUGCUGCGCGAGUCGCUGAGCCAUUGUAUGCUGCACCGCGAGCAGUUUGUAGAGGCAGCGGCGCCAAACGCACCGGCUGGGUUGUGCGUCGAGUUUGAGGCCGCGCUCCUACCGCACGUGCACCCGAAUGACACGCUGUGCUGGGACCCGACGCCAGAUGUCUUUCAAGCCGCAGCCGCGCUUGGACUGAGCAGCCACGUGGGCCAAGCGGCAAUGCUGCGUCGAUUGGGCAUUGGCGCUGCGUGGCAGUACGCGUCGCUCGGCUGCCCGCCGGCUGUAUCGACACCCAUGGCGAUGGCGACAGGGACGCUUUCCAUGAGUAACAUCGCCAAGCCGCCAUCAUCAUCAAGAAGUCCAGCAGCACCCGAGGAAGCGGAAGGUCCGUUCUCGACAACGCGCGUCGCUGUCCCGAGGCCAAUCCUACCACCGUCGUCGGCUUCGUUUCUCGCCGCGGCCACGCAGUUGCGGACAGGCUUGGUGGCCACAUGGCACGGACGACUCGACAUCGCGGCCACCGUCGUCGACGCCGCCGUCCUCGUCGCCGCCGCUCGCCGCUCGCUGCCGCUGCUACCCACGACCGACGAGGGGCCUGCGCGCUCGGGCGCCGCCGCGUCGAUCGAGGACCGGGACCAAGGCCGCCAAUGGCAUCAUUUUGCAAUCCUCGCCCAGCGUACGAAGAUGUCGAUGACCAUUGUCGUGCCACCGCCCAGCCUCGCCGACGACGCGCGCGGAUCGCCCUUUGCGAUCGCAUCGCUCCUGAACCCUGUGCACAUCAAGUCGGAGCCGCUCGCGAUGCGCGCGCUCACGUUUGCCAAAGACCUCACGGGCGCCUACGGUCUCCUGGAUCUGCGCCGCGACACCCAGUGCUUCCUCUCGACCUGCAGCCGCGAAGCCACGAUCGGUGGCCUCUGCCGCGACCAUACGUGCGCGGUGAACGGCUGCCGCAACAUUAGCGUCCUGGACGGCAUGUGCCGCUUCCACAGCGUCGGCGAAGAGUGUGCGUCGCUCAUGACGCCGCGCAUGAAGCUCGAGACGAAGCGCCACGCGACGAGCCCUGUGGGCAAGCCGCUCCCGAGCGUCGUCAUGAUGCAACCCAUGGCGUCCAAGGUCUACGUGCGCUCGCGCUACUGCAAGGUGGCCGAUUGCCACAAGCUGCGCCACAAAAACGGUCUCUGUGUCGCCCACGGCGGUGGCUGGUACUGCAAGGUCGACGGCUGCACCAAGCACAGCAAGGCGAAAGGCCUCUGCUCGGCGCACGGCGGCAUCCAUUACUGCCGCGUCGAAGGCUGCACCAAGUACCGCAAGAAGAAGGGUCUUUGCAUUGCCCACGGCCGCGACGUGUUUGGUCGCAGCGACAGCAUUGGCUCGUCGUCGGACUAGAUAUGCUGUCCGAUACGGCCGUUUUUGUCACGGCGCCGCGCUGUUAUUUUAUUCGUGCCUUGUACUAUUUAUUGUCGGUUUUGCUUCCUAUUUUAACGCUUCUUGAAAUUCAAUUUUGUUCUUAACGGU